CGAACAUCAUCAGGAAGCUGCAAUCAUUCGACCCAAGCACUGCACAGUGGGAUGCACACCUCCCAAGAAGCAGCUUACCUCACAUAAGCGUUAAGCUUAGUACAGAUCCUAAAAAGUGAUAACUAGUUCCAUUUAUUUUUGUUUCACAAUUACACUCAGUGUUGUUUUAUUUACUAAGUUAGGUUCCUUGUAAAUAGGAUGGAUAUGUUAAUCCUUGUUGCUCAUGUAGUCUCACAGGGAGACUCCCAGGUAUGACAUGAUGUGGCAAAGAUUGAUAGACAUUUUCAGAUGCUUUUCUCAUUGGAAUUUUCUGUUGGAAAAAAAGUAUAUGGCAUUUUCAUGUAGUGAAUUGAAAAAGUCCCAGUUUCACUUGGCUUUUGUAGAAAGAAUUUGUUCCUGUUUCUGUGUCUAUUUUCAAGAGAAAAUGAGAAAUUUCUGUAGAUCUAUGAUUCAGUAAGUUGUGGGUUGAAACCUUAGGUGUGUUUUUAAGAACUCUGUAGAUAAAGCAUGCCUUUUUUUUAAGCAGUGAUAUUUCAUUCACAUAAUUAGGAAUUCCUGGUAGUGUGGAUGUCAUUUUCAUUUCAUUUUUUUUAAGAAGCACAUGCAAAGAGGAUCUCAAGUUAUUGAAGAUCAAGCCAACUAUAACUACCUUGUAUGGCAGUUGCAGACAUAGACAUAAACAUCAAAAUGUCUCCUUAAUUAAGGUGGUGGCUCUGCUAGGGCUCACGUUCCAGAAUUCUCAGUAGAGAAAACAUGUUUUCUUUAUAGGGGAGUUUUAUUAGCAGCAAUGUUCCGGUAUGUAGUUCAAGUUAAUUAAUGAUGUAGUCACCGUGGUGUCUUGCCACAAGGUUUAUUUCAGUAAGUAGGGCACUAGGAAAUCGCAUUGGCGUAUCUUGUCAUACUGAAAAGGAAUUCUUAAUUUGGACCAUUAAAAUGCAUUUCCAUGAGAACUGUCAAGAAGAUAGUUUGAGAAUUCUUCAUGUGAAUAUUGUCUUGGAUUAAGAAUAAAUUCAUCAUAAGCUGUGAGUGACAGAUGUAGUGGUUUCCAGGAGAAUAUGUUGUUCUUAGAUUUUUGUUGUUGUUGUUGUUGAGUUAAUGGAGACCUCAAAGACCCAGACCACCCAUUAGUUCUGUUGGAGUUGAUCUCCGUUGCGCAAGGAGAUUAUGACCAAAACUCACCUUUUCCCCAUGAGAAUUUUUUUUAUUAAUUUUAGACCAUGGUGGUUAUCUUAAAACUUAAUUUGCGUUGUGCAAAUGUAGCAACCUUCCUUGGAGGUUGGAACAACAAAGCAACUGGAUUGGAAAUUAGAUUUCCCUCUGUAUGCUGCUAAUGUAGUUCUCAUUCCAUUGGGAGUUCCCCUUUACAUGGACUGAUGAUUUCCUUGAAACUGUAUGGAAAUUGGUUCAGACAGGAGCAAAGGGGAAAGGGGAUGGCAGUGAUGAUUCAAAUUAGUGUCUCUUCUUCAAUGAAAGUCUGGUGUGUCAUCCUCUGUCAGUGGAACUACCCGAGGUAAAGGGAGGUGCCCGAGCUACAAAAUCCAAGGACUUGAUUUUUCUCUGAUGAGGUUGGGUUGAGUUGUUCAUUUGAAAUUUUGUAAUGUGGUUCAUAAUUGGACCAAACAGUAUUACUUUUCUUUACAUGAAAGACACACAUCUUUUACUUUUCCCUUCACUUUCCCCAGCCAGUAUGUGAAAGAUUCUUAACUGCUUAACGUAAGAAAGAAGAAAGCAAGCCACCUUAGGUUUCUGGGAACAAGAAGGUUUAGAGAAAGGCUUCAAGAACAUAUGAAAAUAUGCAAACAUGCCUUGAAUUGGAACGCUACCUCCAGACAGAACCCAGGAGGAUUUCAGAGACCUUUGGGGAGGACUUGGACUGCUUCCUCCGUGCUUCCCCUCCUCCGUGCAUUGAGGAAAGCUUCCGGCGCUUAGACCCCCUGCUGCUCCCGGUGGAAGCAGCCAUCUGCGAGAAGAGCUCAGCAGUGGACAUUUUGCUCUCUCGGGACAAGUUGCUAUCUGAGACCUGCCUCAGCCUGCAGCCAACCAGCUCUUCUCUCGACAGCUACGCAGCCGUCAACCAGGCCCAGCUCAACGCAGUGACCUCAUUAACACCCCCAUCAUCCCCUGAGCUCAGCCGCCAUCUGGUCAAAACCUCACAGACCCUCUCUGCCGUGGAUGGCACGGUGACGUUGAAACUGGUGGCCAAGAAGGCUGCGCUCAGCUCGGUCAAGGUGGGAGGGGUGGCCACAGCAGCAGCAGCUGUGGCGGCAGCUGGGACAGUUAAGAGUGGACAAAGCGACAGUGAACAAGGAGGGGUAGGGGCUGAAGCAUGCCCUGAAAACAAGAAGAGGGUUCACCGCUGUCAAUUUAACGGGUGCCGGAAAGUUUAUACAAAAAGCUCCCACUUAAAGGCCCACCAGAGGACUCACACAGGUAGUGAGAAGCCUUACAAGUGCUCAUGGGAAGGAUGCGAGUGGCGUUUUGCAAGAAGCGACGAGCUCACAAGGCACUACAGGAAACACACAGGUGCAAAGCCCUUUAAAUGCAACCACUGCGACAGGUGUUUUUCAAGGUCUGACCAUCUUGCCCUCCAUAUGAAGAGACAUAUCUAAAAACCCUAAAGGCCAGAGUUGCCAUGGCACCGGCCAAUGUCUGAAGGAAUGCUGUGAGGCAGGGGGCUGGACUUCAGGAGGGGACUCAUUGCCUCUCAGAAGAAAGUUCUCACUUAUAAACCUCUGUGUACACACACGCACACACACACAUCCAUACACACUCUCACACUGACCUACACACACGCUGCCAUGCACUCGACUAUAAUUAAAUAUAUACGUCUAUUCUUUAUGCCUUGCCCUAGCCAGAUGGUAGAAGAUGAAAAAGAAGGAAAGCAGGUGAACUCAGCAAGGCAGACUGGCUGCUGACUUCAGCACUAUUGGAAUUCUUUCCCGCUGUUGCCAAUGGAAAUCAAAGAAAGUGGAUGUGACGUCUCUGCGGGUGGACGGCAGUACGAGGGGCUUAUUUAACUUGCUUCUCAGUGCGACUUGAUAGGAGAACACAACGUCUUCGAGUUGCACAUGUGUAGCACUAAUGUUUCUUUUUAAAUAGUUGGGAAUAUGACCUAGAAAACCAAAUUGCAGUUUGGUAGCCAAAAUUAACUCUUGGUUUAUUUGUCCUUUGUGUGUGAAAAGUCCUACUAUUCCGUGCGUCAGAUUUCCUCACAGAACUGUUGAUUGGUUUUGAUUCUUUUUAGUGCCACUGAGAUCUUUCCAGUCGAUACCAACGGCCUUAGGGCGGCAGACUCUGGAAUUACACCUUACACCUCUCUGGCCUGCAUUUCUCUAGACUUCACUCUCAAGGGAGGAGUUUUCUUUCCUUACUUUUUGACUUUUGCACACCAUAUGCACUAGGGAUUCUGGAAACUUCUAGCAUGACUGCAAAGUGGCCAAGAGAAUAAAGUCCUGAUGAUACAUCACAGUAUAUCCCUUGAGCCUCACCUUAUUGCCAGUGCUAGAAUUUUUCUUUUUAAUCUCUCUGUUUUUGCUAAUGAAAACUUGAAAAGCUUAUUUGGAAGCUUAAACGUUUUAUCUUUCCUCCAUGGACUAAAU